CGUGUUUUUUUACCUCCAUAUUUUAUUUACUAUUUAUUUAUUUCAUUUUUAAGGCAGAAAUGGAGGACGAUGUGUCAUCGAGACGCCACAGACGAAUUUAUAACGUUGCGCGAAAUUAAAUAUAAAAAAAAUAGAAAAAUUGAACAGAAAUGGAAACAGAGCAGAUUUGACAACACAAUAGGGGGAAAAUGAGGAGAACAAUAGCCACGUUCAGCCGCCUGCUCGGCUUUCUUUCGUUUUGAUCGUUCCUUGGUGGAUUAAUAUUAUUAUUUCUUUUUUUGUUUAUUUUUGGCGUCGUUGCAAAAAAGGGGGGCAUCUGAGCCUCUCAAGGGGCAUUAAAUGCAGAUGCGCUGUGAAAAUCUUGGGCAGUGAGUGAGAGCACGUUGGUUGGGACUGGAUAAGGAGAGAGGGAGAGGGGGGAGAGAGACCUACAGAGAGAGUGGGAGAGAGAGAGAGAGAGCGAGUCAUAGAAAACACUGAAUGGCAACGAACCCCACACAUACAGAUAAUUCAUGUAAUCCAUCCAUUCAGCAGCAGCUAUAACUCUCUAUUUAUCUGCUUUAAAUCUCCCCUACCAAAGGAGGAGGAAGAGGAGAAGGAGGAGGAGGAAGAAGAGGAGGAGGAGGAGGUUUGAUGGCAAGUUUUCUUGAUGCUGGUCGUUUUUUGAAGAUGCACAUGUAAAGGCUGCCAAAGCAGAAGAACAGAAGAGUGGAAGCAGGGGGAGAGAAAAAAGGGGGAAAAUCGGCACAGGCAGGAGGAGAAGAGAAACGAGGAAGCCGAGAAGAAAAAAACGAAAAGGAAAGAGAGAAUCUCAUCUUGUUCCUGCCUUUCAACCACAAUAACAUUAUUUCUAAUGCGAGGCCAGGGAGUAUGCGACCCGGCGCUAACAGUUGAAUGCAGAGGGGAUGUCGGGCAGUAAGGCUCUGGGCGGGGCGAGGCGGCGGCGAACCCGCUGCCGACGCUGUCAAGCCUGCAUGCGCACCGAGUGUGGAGAGUGCCACUUCUGCAAAGACAUGAAGAAAUUCGGGGGACCGGGACGCAUGAAACAGUCCUGCCUGCUCCGACAGUGCACAGCGCCCGUUCUUCCUCACACGGCGGUGUGUUUUGCAUGUGGUGAGGCGGGUAAGGAGGACACGGUGGAGUCGGAGGAAGAGAAGUUCAGCCUCUCUCUGAUGGAGUGCACCAUCUGCAACGAGAUCAUACACCCCAGCUGCCUUAAGAUGGGUAAGGCGGAGGGCAUCAUCAAUGAUGAAAUCCCGAACUGCUGGGAAUGUCCAAAGUGCCAUAAGGAAGGCAAGACCAGCAAGGAUAGUGAUGGUUUGGGAAAGAGACGGCUGGAUAACGGCGAGGUCGGCCGCUGGAAGAUAACGGACGAUCCGCCGCCCAGCAAAAAGAAACCGCCUUCUCUCGACGAGGCCCGACAGGACGGACACAAACGCAAGAAGGAGAAGGAGAUGGCCCAGGAAAGCGGCCCUAAGAAGAAGAUGAAAGGUGCUCGGGAAAAGCAUCUGAAAAAGAAGCAGAAGCCCAACUCAUCUGAUUCUGCGGAGACCAACGGUCCGAACCCAUCUGCUGGAGGUCAGGGGUCAGGUCCUGUAACCGCUCAACCUCCGUCUUCAGCCUCCAGCCAGGACCAGCGCUCGCACCACCGCGAGAAAUUGGAGCGGUUUAAGCGGAUGUGCCAAAUGCUGGAGCGUGCUCGGGACUCAUCGUCGUCUUCAUCCUCCAGCUCGGAAUCGGACUCUGAGUCGGAUUCUGAUUCAGCCUCUCCGGCCAACGCCUCGGACCCUUCGUCUCCAGCCACGGCGUACAGGGAACGGGAGCGGGAACGGGAGAGGAAUCGUCGGCUGGCCGAGCUCGGCUUCAGUGCCAGCGAGGACUCUGAGGGGGAGGGGGCGGGGCCCGAACAGGAACGGGAUGCUGGGGAAGACCCUCAGCAGCGGCGUAGAGGUGAUAGUGCCCCCCGCGGGCGAAAGGCAGCUAUGGCAACAGAGCUGGAGGACGAGGACGGGGACAGAAACAGAAAGCCUACAACUCUGCCUCCACCUUCCCCACUGUCCUCCACCCAGCAGCAACCUCCAGCCGGCCACGGCCAGCCGCCGGGCUCCGAGGGACUGACCAAAAGGAGUAACGGUCAGGAAACGCGGAAUGGCCGGACAAGAGCCGGCGGGCGAGAGACGCAGGAGAAAGAGAAUGCCAACAGCAGUGCAGUCACCAACCACCGACACAAUACGACGGGCGGUACGGGAAAGGCCAGAAGUGGCAGUAAGCUCCGCGCUGGAGGCAGACAGACGGGGCCGUCCGCCAAGAGCAGCACGACGACGACGGGAAGUGGGACGGCUAACGGAGGAAGCGGGGCAAUCCUGUCGAAUGCAGGUGGUGUUUCGGCGGCCUCCUGCCCGUCUCGGUUGGCAGCGGCCCAGUUAGUGAAGCGCAGCCCUGCGGCCGUGCCCUCACCCCCUCGUCCCGUACAGAUGGAGAGGCACCUGGUGCGUCCGCCGCCCGCCUGCCCCGAACCGCACUGCCUCCCGCUGGACAGCGGCGCCUCGCACGUCCUGCCCCGGGACGUCUGGCUCCGAGUGUUUCAGCACCUCAGCCAGAAGCAGCUCUGCGUCUGCAUGAGGGUCUGCAGGACGUGGAGCCGCUGGUGCUGUGAUAAGAGGUUGUGGACUCAGAUCGAUUUGAGUCGUCAGAGGUCCAUCACCCCCCCAAUGCUGAGCGGUAUAAUCCGCCGCCAGCCCGUCUCACUCAAUCUGGGCUUUACCAAUAUCUCCAAAAAACAGCUUCUGUGGCUCAUCAAUCGCUUACAAGGUUUAUUGGAGCUGAAUGUGUCGGGCUGUACGUGGUCGUCUGUAUCCGCUCUUUGUCAGGCCGUGUGUCCAUGUCUGCGUCUCCUGGACCUCAGCCGAGUGGAAGACCUCAAAGACUCGCACCUGAAAGAGCUGCUGGCUCCGCCCUCCACCGACACACGCACAGGUGAGAACCGUGGUGGACGUUUCCAGAAUGUGUCAGAACUGCGGUUAUCUGGGCUGGAGGUGACAGAUGCUGCAUCACGACUGCUGGUCCGUUACCUGCCUCAUCUCACCAAGCUGGACCUGAGUCAGUGCGGCCAAAUCACAGACCAGACCAUUCACACGCUGACCUCUCCCGUAUCUCCACUGAGAGAGAGCCUCACGCACGUCAACCUCGCAGGUUGUGUGAAGGUGACGGAGCAGUGUUUGCCGCUGCUGCGGCGGUGCGUGUCCCUGCAGAGCGUGGACCUGCGCUCCUGCGGACUCGUCUCUCCGGACGCCGGACAGAUCCACUCCUUCCCCUCCCCUGACGACAGACUGCUGCUGAAGAACAGCUAAAGACCUCCCCCACCCACACCCAC